CUCGAUCGUUGGAUGGCGAUUGCAACGGCGGAGCGAUGUUACAAAACAAGGAAACCAAAAAUUAUCAGAGACAACCAUCACCUAACCAUACAAUAGAAAAGGUGUUGGCACUCUCUAUGUAACGUCCUCAAAGACCUCAAAACUUCACAAUCGAACCGAGAUCAAUUUUGGGCCAAUUAAGGAAAUCCCACGUAGACGAACCGGUUGCGACUCAUUACCCACAGAUGAGGCCCCCCUCCAAUAAAAAGGACCCCCCUAGAACAUUCGGGAUUCAGAAGAGCGUCCGAGUUGUCCACUGCAGCAAGGAGAAAAGCCAAUUUGUAUCAGAUUUGAAAAUGACGGCCCCAUCUUUCUUUGCGGUUGCCUUUCUGUUGACGUUUACCUUUCCGGCCGACGGUCUCGUCUACCAAACGAACGAUGCAAUCAUCAUCGAAGAUGCUAACCUGCCCAGCAGCCCAUUCAUGGCCAAGAGUAUCGGCGAUUUCUACGGGGCAGCAGCGCCAGUCUACAACCCUUACUCCGCCUGCCUACUUUUCGGCUCUCCCGUCCGCUUCUAUCCGUGGGCACGUCCUACCAACAUUCCAGCCCAUCUCAGAAAUCGUCAUCCGGAGUCAAAGAAUACCUGCGGCGCUGGACCGACUAAAACGCUAAGCUUUGACGAGCAGCGAGUCGUUGGAGGAGUCGAGGCUGAAAAGAAUGCCUGGCCCGGCAUCGUGGCGCUGCGAUUGAACGGCAAUUUCUUCUGCGGCGGAUCUCUGAUUGCACCUGAUCAAAUUCUGACGGCCGCUCACUGCGUCGACUGGAUAACUGAGAGCAACAUCAAGUACUUGACGAUCGAGCUGGGCAUGCACACCUUGAACCCCAGCGACGCUCAAGAGGUGAGAACGGUCCGUCGCCUAACAAUCCACGGAGGAUGGAAUCCAAACACAAACGCCAACGACAUCGCCAUCCUCACCCUCUCGUCGCCCGUGACUUACACGUCAACCAUAUCGCCCGUCUGUUUGCCAUCGUCACGUCAAUACGUCGAGUACGUCGAUCAAGAUGCGGCCAUCAUCGGAUGGGGAUUAACGUCGGACGAAGGAUCCGUGGCUAAUGUGUUGCAGCAGGCUACCGUCCAGACGGUGACCAACUCGCAAUGCAGAAGAAGCUACCCGCAACUUAUCAGCAGCAUGCUGUGCGCCGCUGCACCCGGAAAAGACACCUGUCAGGGAGAUAGCGGCGGUCCAAUUUUUAUCCGAUCCUCAUCAGGAUCCCCUUGGACACAAGUUGGAAUCGUCAGCUACGGUGCCGGGUGUGCUGAUCCCAAUUUCCCUGGCGUCUACACUAGGGUGACGUCAUUCAGGACUUGGAUCACGGCAUACACCAAUGUCUGAGAAAAUCGCAUCAAACAUUUCUUAAGUUAAGGACUUGGACUCAACAAGGAAACGCAACAACAACAAAAAAAAAAAAAGCGAGAGAUAGUGGGGGGGGGGAUUACGUAAGGUACCUAAACAUUCUUUUACUUGACUAAACUAACUCUGAUGUUUUCAAACCCGGAAAACCGAUUUGUGAACUCAUUUUUUCAUCUAAACUAGAAAAUAAUCCGAACGGUACCUUAAAUACACGUAGACUAACCCGCAAUGCAAU